GGCAUUGUGAACUGUCACUUUUCGCCAGCGCUUCUCACCACAGAUUUUCGUUCGCAUUUGUGGGUGGCGGCGGUCGAUUUGCGCUGAUUUUGGCUGAAAAAAAACUGCUCAAUUUCUUACAUUGCACAAAAACGCACACCUGUGUCUUUCCAACCAAGCAGUUUGAGCAUAAACCAUCAAGAUGAUGUCCGAAUACUGGAUUAUAUCGGCGCCGGGCGACAAGACUUGCCAGCAGACGUACGACACCAUGAACAACCUCACCAGCAAGCAACACAAUCUGUGCAAUAACUACAAGUUCCACAUCCCCGACUUGAAGGUGGGCACCCUGGAUCAGUUGGUGGGUCUCUCCGAUGAUCUGGGCAAGCUGGACACCUACGUGGAGCAGAUCACGCGCAAGGUGGCCAACUACCUGGGCGAGGUGCUGGAGGAUCAGCGGGGCAAGCUGCUCGAGAACCUGAUGGCCAACAACAGUCCUGGGCCACCCGACGACAGCAUGCCGUGUCGCCACCACCAGCGCAUCAAACAUCUCAGCCUGCGACACCAGCGAAAACACCAGCACACGCACCACCAAAACAAACCCCAACACUACCAUCACCACCACCACCACCAGCUGCCCCAGGAUCUCAAGGGUAAAUGCAGUUCCAGUCAGCCGAUUACGACUCCCGUUGCCUGUUCACCUGCCACUCCCCCGCCCCCUAAUCUGCCGUCUUCUGCCGCUGCUACUGCUGCUGCCGCCUGCGCCUGUGUUUCGUCCUCCCCCGCCGCCGAGGCGCUGGCAACCGGAUCCGGAUCCGGCGGCAGCAUGACCAACCUCUCCACGGGCAACGAACCGGAGUUCGAGCCGUGCCCGUGCGACGAGUGUUUCGCUUGUGCCCCGCCCAGCACGAGUGCCACGGCCAGCACGCUCCUGGCGGAUGAGUGCUACUCGCAGACAGCAUCGUCCAUGCUGAGCGCCACCCGAUGUGCCUUGUCCACUGUGGCGGCCAUCGCCACUGGCAGCGGCCUGGGCGGCGGUCCGAGCACCAGUGCCGCUGCUGCGGCGGCCUCAGCCUCAGCCUCCGCCUCAUCGGCCUCGUCCGCCGGAGCAGCCUCGCAUCCCGCUCCCAGCUCCUGCUCGACUCUGUGCUCCUCGGCCUACUUCUCGACGUCGGCGCCCACAACCAGCAGCUCAGUGCAUAGCAGCAUGUCGCGCUCUAACAGCAAGCGGCUGAAUAACAACACUUGCAGCAUCAACAAUAACAAGCUCAGCUUCCGCAGCGGCAGCGGCCACGUCAGCCAGCUGCACCUGCCCACUCACCAAACCCAUCACCAGCAGCCCCAUCAUCAUCAUGCAGUGCCAGCAGCGUCGGCGCCACUGCAGUCGCCAACGCAAAAGUCCAUGUCGGAGGACGAGGGCGACGGCCCCAGCCCCGGCCUCGGCCCCGGCGAUGACGGCGGGCAGGAAACGGACGAGGACCCAAAGAGUCCCCAUAGCGUUCAGUCCGACCUCUCGGAAACCUUCGACUGGUGGUUCAAUAAGCCCAAGCGUAACUCUAAGAAGAGCAGUGCACCACAGUCACACGAAACAACACCGCAACACCAACAGACACAGAAUCAGACACAGAAUCAAAAUCAGAAUCAGAAUCAGUACCAACAAUACCAAUACCCUCACCUAUCCAAAGCAAUGACAUUUUGGCAUCAAGCAUCGACCACACCGCGCUCUAGUUAUCGCUCUUUCUUCAAUUCUCUUGCCGAUCAAAUUUAUAGCAAACGUUCUACACCGAGUCAAUUAAAUAUAAACAAUGGAUUUAAUUUAACACCAACACAUAGAUCGUCUCCAGUGAGUAGUUGUUGUGGCAGUAGUAGCCAGGGGCGAUCCAGUCCGGACACGGAUCCCGCCGAGCCGCCCGAGUUUCCGCUGAGUCCAGCCGAACUGCCCCAGUACUUGACCCGCUUCCAGUGGGACAUGGCCAAGUACCCCAUCAAGCAGUCGCUCCGCAACAUUGCCGACAUUAUCUCCAAGCAGAUUGGUCAGAUCGAUGGCGACUUGAAGACCAAGUCCCAGGCCUACAACAACCUCAAGGGCAGUCUCCAGAACCUGGAAAAGAAGAAGACUGGCAGCUUGCUGACCAGAAAUCUGGCUGAUUUGGUCAAAAAGGAGCACUUCAUCCUGGACUCUGAGUACCUGACCACUCUUCUGGUCAUUGUGCCCAAGGCCAUGGCCAACGACUGGCUGACCAACUAUGAGAAGAUCACCGACAUGAUUGUGCCCCGAUCCUCGCAGCUCAUCCAGGAGGACAACGACUACUGUCUCUUCAACGUGACCCUGUUCAAGAAGGUGGCCGAGGAGUUCAAGCUCCAUGCCCGCGAACGCAAGUUCAUCGUGCGUGACUUCGUAUACAAUGAGGAGGAGCUGGCCGCCGGCAAGAACGAGAUGACCAAGCUGAUGACCGACAAGAAGAAGCAGUUUGGACCUCUGGUGCGUUGGCUGAAGGUCAACUUCAGUGAGGCCUUCUGCGCCCUGAUUCACGUCAAGGCUCUGCGCGUGUUUGUGGAAUCUGUCCUGAGGUACGGCCUGCCCGUCAACUUCCAAGCCAUCUUGAUCGAGCCCAACAAGAAGAGUGUGAAGCGCCUGCGCGACGUUCUCAACCAGCUCUACGGCCACCUGGAUGGCGCCUCCGCCGGCGGUGCUGUCAGCAGUGCUGAUAACGUGGACAUCCCCGGCCUGGGCUUUGGACAGUCGGAAUACUAUCCCUAUGUGUUCUACAAGGUCAACAUCGACAUGGUGGAGCAGGCCAAGGUCUAAAGAGCGUCCGCCCGCCCCCCAAACAUUGCAUACAUCCUCCAACCACACAAAAAAAUUUACACUUUACUACAAAAAGCCUACAACUUAAAAUCAGCUAAACCAUUCGCAGUCUUGAAAAGAAACAAAAUUAAUAGAUUACUUUAAAAUAAUUUUAGUCAUUGUUAUCUAAUUAUUGUUGUUAUUUAUGUUACGCGUUGCUGCAAUCUGUUUUGAAAUCCAUCAAUCCCGGCCAUCUCGAGAUGAAGCCGAGAUGAAGCGCGUCAACAGACCAAACUCGUUUGCAAUCACCCAAGAUCAAGAUCUUGUAGAACAAUUCGACCCGAUCGUUCUUUGUCCCUCUUCAGUUCGCUAAACAGUAUUUUAUGUUGUUCUUAUGCCUUACUAUGAUUAUGAAAUGAUAAAUGAACAGAAUGUCUAAUCCGUCUAGCCAAAUUUACACACAUUGUCGCUAAGGCUUCGGCUUACUAUAUCUUUUUUGUUUGUUUGUUUGUUUUGGUAGCUUUACAAUAAACACUUGAGUUACAUUUUAUUUUUGAAAACAA